AUGGCAGUCAUGGACGAGAAGAAGGCUGCCGCUGCUGCUGCGAGCCAGCAACAGCAACAGGCUAUCCCCCGCAAUGACAUGGCAGACGCCCUUGUCACAGAUGGCUUUCAGUUGCCCGACAUCGACCCUGGCGAUGGCGCUCCACCGCCGUAUGGAGAGAGCCACGAUCAAGUUCAUUUCUCUCAGCCUGGUUUUGAUGCUGGCGCCGAGGUGACGGGCGAUGGCCGAGUCAACAUCAAUAUCAACACCAAGAACAGAAGACUCGCCGAUCUCCUUGCCCCGACUCUUCAAAGACAAGUCACCGCCGCCGAACCUGAACCUCCUGUCCUUCCUCCCGCAUACAUCCCCCCAAGCCUCGGCGGCCUCCCAGGCCAGACACCGCCACCCAAGCUCAACGUCGUCGUACAGAUUGUCGGUUCCCGAGGCGAUGUCCAACCCUUUGUCGCCCUAGGCAAAGUACUCAAAGAUACAUACGGACAUCGAGUGCGAAUUGCUACACAUGCUACUUUUCAAACAUUCGUCGAGGAGAAUGGCCUCGAAUUCUUUAAUAUCGGCGGUGACCCCGCUGAACUGAUGGCUUUCAUGGUCAAGCAUCCUGGUUUGAUGCCUGGCUUUGAUGCUAUUACGAGCGGCGAAGUGAGCAAGCGUCGGAAGGGUAUUCAGGAUAUUCUCCUCGGCUGCUGGCGAUCCUGCAUAGAAGGAGGCGAUGGCCUUGGACCGCCACCGACUCCUCAUGCCAAGAAUGCUCCUCUGGAUGCGUCAUUGGAGGUAUCAGGCGCAGGUCAAGAGCCUUUUGUCGCCGAUGCCAUUAUUGCGAACCCCCCUAGCUUUGCCCAUGUUCACAUUGCUGAAAAGAUGGGUAUUCCAGUGCACAUGAUGUUUACUAUGCCUUGGUCGCCAACAAGGGCAUUCCCUCACCCCUUGGCCAACAUUCAAUCCUCUAACACGGAUGAUGUUAUGACCAACUACAUGACUUACACACUUGUCGAAAUGAUGACUUGGCAGGGAUUGGGAGACGUUAUCAACCGGUUUCGAGAAAAGGCCCUCGAUCUUCCUCCGCUUUCACUGAUUUGGGCUCCUGGAUUACUGGCUAGGCUCCAGAUCUCUUGGACAUAUUGUUGGUCACCGGCUUUGAUCCCCAAGCCAAACGAUUGGGGUCGACAUAUCGACAUUGCUGGCUUUUACUUUCUUAACCUAGCAUCCUCCUACACACCAGACCCAGAACUUGAGGCAUUCCUGCGAGACGGUCCACCUCCCGUUUAUAUCGGAUUUGGCUCCAUCGUCGUCGACGACCCCAACGCCAUGACUGAAAUGAUCUUCGAAGCAGUCAGGCUUGCGGGUGUACGAGCCCUGGUAUCUAAGGGCUGGGGAGGGCUUGGCGCUGACGAACUUGGCAUACCUGAUGGUGUGUACAUGCUGGGAAAUGUGCCUCAUGACUGGCUUUUCGAGCAUGUCUCUUGUGUUGUCCACCACGGCGGCGCAGGAACCACUGCUGCUGGUAUCAAGGCCGGAAAGCCCACGAUUGUGGUUCCAUUCUUCGGUGAUCAGCCGUUCUGGGGUGCCAUGAUAGCAAGAGCUAACGCAGGUCCCGAGCCGGUCCCCUACAAGGCGUUGACGGCAGAGAAACUGGCCGAGUCUAUUCAAUUCUGCCUUCGCCCUGAGACUCUGGAGCAAGCGAAGGCGUUGGGAGCCAAGAUUCGAGAAGAGAAGGGCACUGAUGUGGGUGGAAAGAGCUUCCACGAUCAUCUAAACGUGGACAACUUGCGAUGCUCCGUGUCACCAAGCCGUGCCGCGGCCUGGCGGGUAAGGAGAACUCAAGUGCGGCUGAGCCCCUUUGCUGCUGCGGUUCUGGUCGAUGACGGCUCACUUCAGUGGUCCGACCUCAAGCUAUAUCGCCCGAAUGAGUACAACACCGAGGACCAGCCGCCAGACCCCAUCUCGGCCUGCACCAUGUCCCUUGUCUCUGAUCUUGGAGGUAUCGGAAUGGCCAUUGCCGAUAUGCCCAGGGAGAUCUUCCGAAGUAUGCAACGGACUAAAGAGCCUGAAGCUUCACAGGAUCGACCACAAAGCCCUGAAAAACCUGCAGCAUCGCAGAGUGAGACCUCACUGCUCACACCUCCGACAACUGAAACCGAUUCGAGAUUGACGCCUGCGCCUAGCGUUUCGGAGGCUGGAACCGCGAACUCGACGCUCGCCAUUACUAGCCAUUCUAAUGCAUCUCAACCCACUUUGAGCGAUGCCUCAUCCACCUUCUCGACUCCUUUGUCCCCUGGAUCCUCGAAUUUCCAAGGAUCGACAAUUCAUAGGCCAUCAAGGGACCAACUGAAGCAAGCAUUUGGAGGCAAUCGAGAGCGCAGUUCCUCGCCUACAAACUACAUGACCCUUAACGCGGCGGUGGGUACUGGCAAGGGGGUUGGCAGGAUCGUGUCUACAGGAGCGAAGACGCCUAUGAACUUUUGCCUGGGUCUUGCCCGAGGCUUCAGAAACAUGCCGAGGCUCUACAAUGACGACACUAUACGGCCAGUUGAGAAAGUUACUGGUCUUGGUUCUGGAAUCAUGGUCGCUGGCAAGGAACUCGGCUAUGGAGUUUUUGAUGGCAUCGCUGGUCUUGUAACACAGCCCUUGAAAGGUGCUGAGAAGGAGGGAGUGCAAGGCUUGGUCAAGGGUUUUGGUAAAGGCAUUGGCGGCUUGGUUGCGAAGCCCGCAGCAGGUAUCUGGGGCAUUCCAGCCUACACCAUGCAGGGGGUUCACGCCGAGAUCAACAAGUUCUUCACCAAAAGCGUCCACAACUACAUCGUCUCAUCACGGGCUGUUCAAGGUCAGCAUGAGAUGAUGGAAUCGACCCCUGAGGAGAGAGAAGAUGUUGUGAAGCGCUGGAACAAUGUCAAGUUCGACCUCAAGAACUUUUACGCCAUGAAGAGAAAGGAGAAGGUGGCGGGCAAGCUCCCAGCAGACUCGCAACCGACCAGCGGAGGAGCCGAUUCCACGUUUGAUCGCCCACGUACUGGAUGGUUGCAUACGAGGAAGCUGUCUUUUGAUGAGAGGAAGAAGUUGCAUGCCGAGAAGGAAGCGUGGAAGAGGGGCUAUGUGGACGUCACGAUUCCACCACCUACGGCCAGCGACUCCUCGAGUAUACAGACAAGCUUGUCGGAAGAUGCCGAGCUAGAGAGAGCUAUCCGGGCAUCCGUUUUGGAGACUUCACGUGGAAAUGCCGAGGAGGAUGCUAUGAUCGAGGCAGCCGUCCGAGAGAGCGUCAAGGCCGUACGACAAAAGGUCGAGUCAGAACAGGCUCCCCCGCUUCCACUCAAGGACCCGUCGAUAUUCAAAGACGAAGACUACCAAAUUACGGACGAGGAGUACCAGGCUCUCAUCGAACAGGCCAUUCAGCAGAGUCUCGUUGCCGACGCACAGUUGCCCCAGGAAUCUGGUUUCGUGGAACUCGACGUGGACACAGCUGUUUCCCGACCGGCUCCCCUCGCACAACCACAACCACAACCGCCCAACGAUGAAGACGCAGAGCUGCAGCGCGCUAUUGAGGCAUCAAAGAAUCCGCCACCUCUUCCUCCGAGAGACAACGACGAUGAAGAACUUGAACGCGCCAUCGCGGCCUCAAAAGAAGCGAUGGCAAAGGAGGCGAGCCAGAGGACUGAGGAGGAGAUUGUUAUGGAAUAUGUCAAGAAACAGAGCUUGGCAGAAGAGGAGUACAGGCAGCAGAUGAUGAAAGGGAAAGGCAAGGCAGAUGAGGAGGAUGAAGACGAGGAGCUGAGACGGGCGAUGGAGGAGAGCUUGAAGAUGAGCAAGGGGGACUACUCAGGCCCAUCGGGGGCUUGA